AUGCAGCGCGGCGAUCUUGCCGUCCCUGUGGGGCUGGUCAACCUGGGCAGCACCUGCUACGCCAACGCUGUGCUCCAGACCCUGUACGCCAUCCCGCCCUUCCGGCAGGCCCUCUACGCCGCUCGGCCUCCACUGUCCCAGGAUCCUGUGGUGGCCCAGCUCAGGGAGCUGUUUGCGUGCAUGGAGUGGGGUAGGCGGGACCCACUAGACCCUGGGCCCCUGGUCGCUGCCCUGCAGCUGGACCAUGCUGUGCAGCAAGACGGGCAGGAAUUCAUGAAGCUCUUCCUCGGACUGCUGGAGGCCCGCUUCCAGGCACAAAACCCCCUGGAUGCCUUGCUCAGGCACCUGUUCCGGGGAGAGAGCGGGUACGAGACGCGGUGUUGCCGCUGCGGCCGUGCCUCGGCCUCCUCUGGGCGGCGAGAGGGGUACUAUGAGCUGGCGGUGCCGGUGUCGGGCUUCCAGACCCUGCCCGAGUCCCUGACGUCCCUGCUGGCCCCGGAAACCCUGUCCGGGUCCAACAGCCUGGCUUGCGAGUACUGUGGCACCAAGACGGAGGCUGAGAGGCAGCUGCGACUGGCCUCCACCCCGCCCCUGCUCUGCAUCAGCCUCCAGCGCUUUGUAUUUGAUUACCGGAAAAUGGACCGGGUGAAGAUCAAUGAGGCCCUGGCUUGCCCUUUGACGCUGGAUUUUGCGAGCAUCCUCUCGCCAGACCAGGGAGCUGCUGUGGCGCAUGUCAACCACUCCAUGUUUUCCUCACAAUACCCGGCUGGCAGCAGUGCCUGGUGGAGGUUUGACGACACCGCUGUAUCUGCCCUGGCCUCAGGCCCUCGUGCCUCAUCCGACCAUGGCUCCGCCCUCGCUCUGCAAGCAGCCAACGCCAAACUACCUCCGGAAGUGGCGGCCGGCUCCAUCGCCUCCUGCACUGCCUACCAGCUCUUGUACCGGAGGGAAGAUGCUGUGUUGCCGUCAGUCGCCCUUUCGGAGGCUGCCGAGGCCUGGUGA